CCAGCUUAACCAGAGUGGCAUUUUAGACACAGAGACGUUACGCCAAAUGUCACAGUCAAGAUGUUCAGUUCCCGACUUUUUCGAGAGCGAUGACAACGAAACGAGCAUGACAACGAGUAAUCUCCACAUGGGAAGUAGGUUCAAAUUUUUUCCGGGGAGACCGAAAUGGCCGGAUUCGAAGAAUUACAGUCUUACAUUCUCGUUCAUUAAUAAUUUCCCAGGAAUAUUUAAGGGGGAAGUGGGGGACGCGUUUUUGGCAUGGUACGAACGAAGCCGAUUUUUCUUCACAGAAGUUCCCGAGGGCGAAGAGUCUGAUAUAAAAAUAAGCUUUGAAGUAGGAGACCAUGGAGAUGGGCAUCCUUUUCGAGUAGGAGUUUUGGCACAUGCAUUUACACCAACAGAUGGAAGACUUCACUUCAAUGGAGAUGAACCAUUUUCAUCUGAAGUUGCAGAGGGUAAGUAUCAUGUGAGAAGUGUGGCACUGCACGAGCUUGGACAUUCACUUGGGUUGGCGCAUACAGAAAUUUUAGAUGCCAUUAUGUAUCCCACCCUACCUCCUAAUUUUGCUAAGAGUAUAAAUAGCGAUGAUGUUAAUGGACUUUGGGCAUUGUAUGAUAAUUUUCAUAUUGGUGGUCCAUAAUUUCGAUAUCCACAACAUCUUGGAGGGGUUCUUUUCUUUGUAAUAAGGAUAUUUUUAUUUUUUCCCUUUUAUCUUAUGUUUUUAAAUUUCUUAGUGUU